UAUUUUAUUGCGUUUAUUUAGGUAUCUGCAUAAAUUUGAAUGCUCUGAUGCAUACGUUGCUACAAAACAACAAGACGCAUUAGUAGAAAAACGAAUUUUAUACGUGGCGCUUUUUGUGGUUUGAAGCCACACUAGCUUUGCUAUCUAUUUUUUCAAUUUGUGGUUAUUUACAUGGUGGUCCAAGAUUAGUCCCAACACUUUUUUAAAUUUAAUUCACGUUUCAGUUACAUAAAAUAAUUAGAAAAUGAGUGACAGCGACGACGAAAACUUUAACAGAGAUGAGGACUGUGUGGACCUCACCGGUUUUCUCUUUGGUAACAUAAACGAACAAGGGGAACUCGAAAGCGAUGUUUUGGAUACUGAAUCGCAAAAACAACUUUCCAACCUCGGGAAACUUGGUUUGGGCUCAACACUUAAAGAAAUGAUAGGGGUUGAUAGCAUCCCUAAAGACGAUUCUGACAGCGAUUAUGAUAAUUCUGAAGGGCAAAAAUCGAAAUUUGGAGAUGAAAAUAGAGAGAGUAAUAGUACGGAAUCGCAAAAUAAUGAAGAUUCUAAUUUUGAGUCAAAAUCACCCUCUGCUGUUGAUUUUUCCGACAUCAAUGAACUCGCAGAGGAGGAGGAGGAAGAAACGAAACCUGAAAAUUAUGAUGCUGAUGAUGAGCACCCCAGUGAAAUCGAUAAUAAAUUAAUGCCGCCGCCACCGGUACCUACAACUAAGGAAAUUUCUGAAAUUGCAACAAUAGUGUCUGAUGAUGGCGAUAAAAAGAAGCUGGAAACACCUCUAGCAGCAAUGCUACCGUCAAAAUACGCAAACAUUGACGUUACUGAUCUUUUCCCUGAUUUCAGACACGGAAAAGUUUUGCGAUUUUCACGCCUUUUUGGCCCCGGCAAACCAAGCAGUUUACCGAAUAUUUGGAAAAACGUGCGGAAAAAACGCAAGAGAAGGAAGCACAAAGAUAGUGCCAAUCAGCACGAUUCCGAUUCAAAUUCCGAGGAUGAGAAACCGAAACACAGGGGGUGGUUCAUUGAUUAUGCCGAGCCCCCGCCCCCUGAGCAAAUUCAAAGCGAUGAUGAAGAGAAAUUUUUAAAACCUAUUGAAAAUACGACCGUUGAUAGCAAAACUGAGACCCAGUCGAAGGAUGACACGGGGCCCAAAGUGGCCGAUUGGCGUUUUGGCCCCGCCCAGAUUUGGUACGACAUGUUGGAAGUACCUGAAACGGGGGAGGGGUUUAAUUACGGCUUUAAAGUGGCAGAAGACCAGCCCCCAGAGCCCCCCGUUCCUGAAGCCACCGAGCCGCGUGAGGGGGACGAAUUCCCCGACGACGCUUUCCUCAUGGUCACCCAACUGCACUGGGAGGACGACGUCGUAUGGGACGGGAACGACAUCAAACAUAAAGUUUUGCAGAAGUUGAAUUCGAAAACAAAUGCGGCGGGUUGGGUGCCCAGUAGUGGGAAUCGGACAGCUCAGGCGUUCAGCCAGCCCGGAAAAGGCGGCUUGCUUUCCGGCAGUUCGGUCCGGUUACCGAUUCCGGCGCCGCCUUUACCCGGAAUGAAGGCCAAAACGCAAAUAUUGGCAAACAAGCCACGCCCGGAUCCGGAACAGGAUGACACGUGGUACUCGAUUUUUCCGGUCGAAAAUGAGGAUCUGGUGUAUGGGAGGUGGGAGGAUGAUGUUAUUUGGGACGCUGACAACAUGAAGAAUAUUCCGAAACCGUCGAUUCUGACACUUGACCCCAACGACGAAAACAUCAUUUUGGGAAUUCCAGACGAUAUAGACCCGUCGAAGCAAAUUGCAGGUCAAGCAACCCCCGUAAAAGUCAAAAUCCCCCACCCCCACGUGAAGAAAUCGAAAAUUCUCCUCGGCAAAGCCGGUGUUAUCAACGUCCUCCAGGAGGACACUCCUCCCCCGCCCCCUAAAUCACCAAACCGGGAUCCGUUCAACAUCUCAAAUGACGUCUACUACAUGCCCCGGUCAUCUGAAACCACCAUGCGUCUCAAAGUCGGGGGUGGCAACCUAAUCCAGCACUCCACCCCUGUGGUCGAGCUGCGCGCCCCCUUUAUACAGACCCAUAUGGGUUUGAUGCGUCUCCGCAACUUCCAUCGGCCGCCCAUGAAGCGGUUCUCGCACGGGCCUUUGGCCCAUCCAGGGCCGCAUUCAGUGAUGCCGUUGGUGAAACAUAUCAAAAAGAAGGCGAAACAACGAGAGGCGGAGAGAAUGGCCUCCGGGGGCGGCGAUGUGUUCUUUAUGAGAACUCCGGAAGAUUUGACUGGACGAGACGGCGAUAUUAUUUUGAUUGAGUUUUGCGAGGAGCAUCCGCCUUUGAUGAAUCAAGUGGGGAUGUGCUCCAAAAUCAAGAAUUAUUACAAAAGGAAGGCGGCGAAAGACUCGGGGCCCCCGAGCUACAAGUACGGGGAGACGGCCUACGCCCACACUUCGCCGUUUUUGGGGAUUUUGCAUCCGGGACAGUCGAUUCAAGCCAUUGAAAAUAACAUGUACAGGGCCCCCAUUUACGAGCAUGAUAAGCCAGGCACCGACUUCCUGGUGAUCAGAACGCGACAACAAUAUUACAUCCGCGAAAUUGACGCCCUCUACGUGGCAGGACAGCAGUGUCCUUUGUAUGAAGUUCCAGGGCCGAACUCAAAGCGAGCGAAUAAUUUUGUCCGCGAUUUCCUGCAAGUUUUUAUCUAUCGCUUGUUCUGGAAGAGUCGGGAUAAUCCCCGCAGGAUUAAAAUGGAAGAUAUUAAGAAAGCUUUUCCUUCUCAUUCCGAGAGUAGUAUAAGAAAGAGACUGAAAUUGUGUGCUGAUUUUAAGAGAACGGGAAUGGACUCGAAUUGGUGGGUGAUCAAACCGGAAUUUCGGUUACCGACGGAGGAGGAAAUCCGGGCGAUGGUCUCGCCGGAGCAAUGUUGUGCUUAUUUCAGCAUGGUGGCAGCGGAACAAAGGCUCAAGGACGCCGGAUAUGGCGAGAAGUUUAUUUUUACACCGGCCGAAGAUGACGACGAAGAAAUGCAACUGAAAAUGGACGAUGAAGUCAAAGUGGCUCCCUGGAACACAACUCGGGCAUACAUUCAAGCAAUGAAAGGGAAAUGUUUAUUGCAAUUGACAGGUCCUGCUGAUCCUACAGGAUGUGGGGAAGGAUUCAGUUACGUCAGAGUCCCGAACAAACCUACUCAAAAUAAAGAAGAACAAGAGUCUCAACCCAAACGCACUGUCACUGGAACCGACGCCGAUUUGCGUCGCCUAUCCCUAAACAACGCCAAAGCAUUGUUGCGAAAAUUCGGGGUCCCGGAAGAGGAAAUAAAAAAAUUGUCUCGAUGGGAGGUCAUCGACGUCGUUCGCACACUAUCGACGGAAAAAGCCAAAGCUGGCGAAGAAGGAAUGGAUAAAUUCUCACGUGGUAAUCGAUUCUCAAUCGCUGAACAUCAAGAACGUUACAAAGAGGAGUGUCAAAGGAUUUUCGAUUUGCAAAAUCGCGUUUUAUCAAGCGCUGAAGUGCUAAGUACCGACGAGGGUGAAAGUUCGGACGAAGGCAGUGACGAAGACAUCGAAGAAAUGGGCAAAAACAUCGAAAACAUGUUAGCGAACAAGAAAACAAGCACGCAAUUGUCRCURGAACGGGAGGAACAAGAACGACAAGAGUUGCGCAAAAUGAUAAUGGAAGGGGACGAGAAAAAGGGCAAAGAUAAGAAGAAAGACGACGAGGAGAAUCAGGAACAGACGAAUUACGCCCAACAGGGCCGGAUUUUGAAGAUUGUGAGGACGUUUAGGGAUGCGGAAGGGAAGGAAUUUACUCGAGUCGAGACUGUGAGAAAACCUGCAGUGAUUGARGCUUAUGUUAAAAUUCGMUCYACGAAAGAUGAUGCGUUUAUAAGACAAUUUGCGACGUUGGAUGAAGCACAGAAGGAGGAGAUGAAGAGGGAGAAGAGACGGAUUCAGGAGCAGUUAAGACGAAUUAAGAGGAAUCAAGAAAAAGAGAGGUUGGCUUUGGGGCUUGCCGCGUCAUCGAAUUCGGCAGGAGGAAUUGAGAAGUUGGGCUCAAGUGACAUUUCAGGCCCUUCGAGUCAAUCCUUCAAUGUUUCCCCUAACAAAUCAGCGGUGAUUUCGCCGCCGAAAUCGCGCCGAAAAACAAAACUCAAACCCGAUUUGAAGCUAAAAUGCGGUGCUUGUGGCAACGUGGGUCACAUGAGGACCAACAAAGCGUGUCCUUUGUACCAAAACAGCGGCUCCAACGCCCCCAUGAAUGUCGCAAUGACCGAAGAACAAGAAGAAGAAAUCGAAAAACAACUAAACACCGAUGAUGAAGAUUUGGUCAACAUUGACGGAACUAAAGUGAAGUUGUCGAGCAAGUUGCUGAAGCACGCUGAAGAAAUGAAGAGGAAGACUUUGCUCCUGAAAGUCCCCAAGGAGGCCAUGAAUGCGAAACGGCGACGACGAGGAAUGUCCGACUUGCAUUGUGACUACUUGAAACGACACAAUCGAACCGCAAAUCGGCGAAGGACUGAUCCUGUGGUCGUCCUUUCGACCAUUUUGGAGAAUAUUUUGAACGAAAUGAGGGACAUGCCGGACGUUCAACCCUUCCUGUUUCCGGUUAAUCCGAAGAAAGUCAUGGAUUAUUACCGGAUUAUCCAAAGACCGAUGGAUUUGCAAACGAUACGAGAGAAUUUGCGUCAGAAAAAGUACCAAAGUCGGGAGGAGUUUUUGGCUGAUGUCAACCAAAUCGUCGAAAAUUCCACUCUUUACAACGGCGCGAAAAGUAGUCUAACAGUUGCAGCGCAACGAAUGUUGAAUAAAUGCGUCGAAAGACUGGGUGAGAAGGAGGAAAGGUUGAUGAGACUGGAGAAGGCGAUUAAUCCGUUGCUUGACGAUAACGAUCAAGUCGCCUUGACGUUUAUCUUAGACAAUGUGAUUAAUACGAAAUUGAAAGCCAUGUCGGAAUCGUGGCCGUUUCUCAAACCGGUUAAUAAAAAACUGGUCAAGGAUUAUUAUAGUAUCAUCAAACGACCGAUGGAUUUGGAAACGAUUUCGAAAAAAGUCGCCGCACAUAAGUAUCACAGUAGGCAUGAAUUUUUAGUCGAUAUUGAACAGAUUUUGGAAAAUUGUAUCUUGUACAAUGGGCGGGAUUCCCCGUUUACCGAAAAGGCGGAACAGUUGGUUAAGAUUUGUAAAGCGACUUUGGACGAGUACGACGAACAUUUGACACAGUUAGAGAACAAAAUUUCUUUGGCCCAAGAACGAGCGAUGCAAGACGACGACCAGGCGUGGAUGGGAGGGGAAGAAGAAAACUACACAAUAGCGGAACCUGACAGAAUUAGCCAGGCGAGCUCCCCGGACCAUAGCUCAUUCAUGAAAUCAAACCUUGACGAUUACGAUUACGUGGACGUAGAAGGCGGAAUCCAAACAAGCGAAGACGUUACAGCUUCAGUGUCAAGGCCGCGAAAGCGCAAAAAUAAGAAAGACGAGGCUGCAAUUCUCGAAGAAGAUUUGCAAUUUUCUAGUGAAGAAGAACUCGACGAGGUGCCCUUGAACGAGUUCGAGGAUAACAAAGGUGGUUUGGUGAUUUCGGCCGAAAUGCCCAUGGAGGGUGUGAAUGCUGACGAUGACAGUCAGCAGGCGGCUGAAGCCAUGGUACAGCUAGGGUCGAUGGGUUACUACCAGCAAAAUGAAGGUGAAGGUACUGAUUUGGUGUACAAGGAGGAGAGCAUGGAUGUGGAUCCGAAUUAUGAUCCUUCUGAUUUUCUCAUGUCGGGAUUACCGAUGCAUAACAAGGAGGAAAUCAAAAUUGAUGAGACGGUGUUGCAGCCGCAGGAUAGCUCAAUGAAGAUUCAUGAUGAUCUCGCUGUGAGCGAGAGUGAGGAUGAAGGGGGGAAUGUGGGGGAGACGCCGGUGCAGGAGGAGGAUGAUGGAGGAGAUUUGUGGUUUUAAUUUACAAGUAGUGUUUUAUAUUGUCAAAUAUUUAUUUAAAAUAAUGUAGGUACAAAAAGG